CCCACCACGCACACCUCAGAGCUCUGGAAGGACACCACCGUCAGAAGAGCACAUCAGCACCGAGUCGACGCUUGAGUGCCACACUGAGUACCACGAGACCUCCCCUGUGAUGCCAGCGCUCGAAGUUCCACCGCCAAUUGAUGAUGUUAAAGAGCUGUCCGAGACAGCGUCGUUCCAAUCAACACCCACGAACACUCCCACCAGGAGCAGGGCGCUUCAGCAGAGGUUUCUACAGCAGAUCUCGAGCCCACGGUUCUCAUCGAGGUCGUCUGUGAUCUCGUCUACCACGAGAGCCCGCCGGUUCGACGAACGGAUCCAGAGCCGGUUCAGUGCGCUGGCACAGGCCCACCGGUAUGGCGAUGCCGAUGUUGAUGUUGAUGUUGAUGAUGAGGGUGUGGGCAGCAGCAAGUGGGACGCCUGCGGCGCCACGCUGCUGAAUACACAAGUCAAGGACCUGAAAUGGAUCCAGCUGAACACGCUGAACACGCUGAUACGGACGUCACAGUCCCAGCAGGUGUAUGGUGCUCCGACGUGUUUGGCUGCCGGUGAUAUCGUUGCACUGGGAAUGUCCAAGGGCUACGUGCUCAUAUUCGACUACCGCCAGAUCCUUGUGAUGGUACUGGGUGAAGGAACCGGUGCAUCGACGUGGGGCAAGGUCACAUGCCUGUCGCUGUCGCUGGACUCAACACACAUCGCUGCCGGCUAUGACUCUGGCGAUGUGCUGGUGUGGGACCUGAAGGACAGCACCAGACCAAAGUACCACAUUGCGCCUCUCGCUGACAUCAGUGCCAUCACUGAUGGCCACAUCAAAGGCUCGCCAAUCAACAACAUCACGUUCGUCGGCAAGAGACAUAGCGUGUUGACAACCACCGACAUUUACGGGAUGGUGAUGUACCACCAGCGCAACAGAGGCGUGCUGGGGUUCGCAGUGACCACCAGGAGAAUACUGGGCCGGUAUGAGGAUGUUGAGCUGAUGAAGCCGACAACGGUGCUGGACUGUAAGUCUCUGCCUCUCGGGAGCUCUGUGGAGCCGAUGGAUGAGCAGGGCCUGGUGGCCAUCAUGAAUACCAAUUCCCUGCUCAUCGUCUCCACCACAGGGUCAAUAAGGACUCAGUUCAAGACAGGACGACCAAAGGUGAUCAAUGACGGCUUGGGCAAGUCGGGAUGCCUGUCGUGGUACCCUGCCGUGGUUACCAAGGGUGGCACGAGGCUUCCGGCAAAGCUGGCAUAUUGCUUCAAUAACGUGCUUACCGUCAUGGAGGUUUGCACUGUGGGCGAACACCUGAGCUUCGAUUCCAAGAAGAGGUGGGUCUCUGAUGAGCUGAUCGUUGGCGUGCAGUGGGCGAAUCAGUCCGUCAUCGCAAUGGUUUCCAAUACACAGAGACUCACACUCAUGAUUGAAGCUACAAUGCAGGUGACUGCCACUGUUGAUCUGCUGCCAAAGCAUCUGUUCAGCUUAAACCUGUACUCCCACAGCUUUGCCCAUGCUGAGCUAUGCGACACAUUUGGAGGAAGCUUCAAGGCUUACAAGGGAAAGCUGUUCUUUGUUGGAAAGUACGAUAUCCUCAUAGGCUCUGUUCCCUCGUGGGUCGAUGUCCUGCUGGACCUUGUGAACGAGGGCAAGUACAUCAAGGCUAUCAAAGUUGCCACGAUGUACUACAUUGGUGACGAGAGCUUUGUCACUCUGGGGCUACCAAAAGAUGCUAAAGAGAGACAACAGGCAGUUCUAAAGUACCUCAUUGACCUCGUCAAGGCUUCUGCAACACACGUCUUGAAGUCAGAUCUGGUGAACAUCCACGACUCAGAGCUUGUGACUGAGUUUCUCCAUGUGGCCAUCAACGCACUCAUAUCGAUCAAGGCAGAGUCUGUGGUGUUUGAAGAGCUUUAUGAUGUUUUCAGUGGUGAUCAUGUUGACUACUUCUUCGAGGCUUUAGAACCGUUCAUCCUCAAUGGCUCGUGUAAGGUGCUCACACCCACUAUCCUGAAAGAUAUGGUGAAGUAUUACAUCUCGGUGAGAAAAGUGGAAACCCUUGAACAGAAUAUCUGUCUCCUGGAUAUCAAGAGUCUUGACAUUGAUUUCACGUUGAGCUUGCUGAAGAAGAACAAUCUCAAGGACAGCUACACGUUCAUAUGGAACGUGUUGUUACACGAUUAUGUUACACCAUUUUUGGAUUUGCUUGACGAGGUGAAACUCGGCACAGAUGAUUCCUAUAAGGCCUUUGCCUAUUUGGCGUAUAUCCUCACGGGGAGACAGUAUCCAACGGAAGAUAUGAUACCAGAACCAGAGUCCACUGAGGCGAAGUUGUCAUUGUAUUUCGUUCUGUUUAAUGGGUUGCCAGUCGAGCAUGCAAAUGGGAAAGUAACCGUGGCCAGCACUGUGACUGACGACAUUGCAUUCCCAUAUCUUCACUUGCUUGCGUCUUUUGAUUCCAAAUCGUUCCUAUCAUCCAUGAAUGAGUGUCUUGAAGAUUCUCUCCUGAAUGAUGACGAAAUUGUGCACCAGGAGAACAAGCUAAAGGUCAACAGACAGUUCAUCUUUCAGGUGUUGAUCGAGCUGUUCAGCAUGAAGGAGUUUUCGCAAGAAGAUCGGGUCAACUUUGCCAUAUUUGUUGCUAGAAACUAUCCAAAGUUUCACCAGUUCAUCAGAUUAUCCGAAUGGACGUUGCAAGACACGCUACAGACGCUGUGCUCAAACGACAUCGACGACGAUGGUGUUAAAGAAGACUGUGAACUGAGCUUACAGAGUUUACUGUCGGUUUAUCAACCACCAAACAGGAAUGAGUUACUUGAUGUGUUUGAAAAAUCACAGUUCAAUGACGUUCUCAUCAGCAUGUACCUGAACGAUCAUAGAUACUCAAAGGUGCUCGAAGUGUGGUUGAGAUUGGAUAAGAGCAACUCGAUCGAUACCACUGAUGGAGUCCUGGAGAAAUGUUUCAGAUCUACGGAGCACAACUCGAAAGAGCGUACAUUGCUAGAGCAAGUCGUUGAAACCAACUUCCCAGAUAUCAUUGAGUUUGAUACGUUCAAGAUUGUGAAUAUCUUGAACAAGUAUGCACCGAGAUUGCAUCCCCUGUGUCUCAGAUUAAGUGACAAUCAGCUCAAGUUCCUGUAUCUGCAAUCAUUGGUACAAUUGGAAUCCUACGGUGACUUCAACUUGAACGUCCAAGAGAGAUCGGAGUACGUCAAAUGCCUGGGACUCUUUGAGAAGAGCUCACUACUGUCGUAUUUGAAAACCAUCAACAAAGGUGAUAUCGACUUGGAUGCGUGUGUCUCAUCUCUCCACGAGAACGGCUGUAUCGAAGCCAUUGUGUAUUUAUUAAGCAGGGAAGGGAAGCUACGGGAGUCAUUGGACGAGGUGGUGUCAUAUAUGGAGGAAUUAUUAAACAAGCUACCUGAUGCUGUGCAGAAAUCAAACAAGGAGGACUUGGACCUCAUAGAGGCCGACCUUUGGGAACAACUACAGUGUGGAAUCACGCUUGCUAAUCACGAAGGCUCACAGACACAGACCACAGGCAGCAGCAAGCUCUCUCUGAACGAGGAGAUGUGGCUUUCGCUGAUGAACUUUGUCGUCCACAAGCUGAGAACAUUCGACAGGGAAGGCCAAUCACCAAGGACCCUUGAGAUUAUAAAACGGUUACUACAGGACCUCUUCACCACCUUGAUCAACACCAGAACACAGAUCAGUACCAUCCAAAUGGACGCCCAGGAUGUAAAGAGAACGCAUAGCUCGUUCCUAAAGAUCUUCACUGAAUUCCUCCAUUCAAACUCUUCGAUUGGCGUGACAGUUCUCGGAGACGUGAGGUUUGUUACAAGGGAGAUUUACCUCGCACUAUCCUAUGAAAAGAGCAUAUUCACAAUCACGGCCAGGCUGAUCAGCGACACCAUCUACCAGAACAUGGCUCUGCUCACAGAGCAGAACCUCCGUGGAUGGUCUGUCCUCAACUUUGAGUGCGAUGCCUGUGGGAAGAUCAUCUGGGGAAGACACCUCAACUCAGAGUACUACCUGGCAUGGGAAAAGGCACUACGAGCCUCCGACGACCAACAUCGUGAUGCUGUUGAUAAGGACCACGACCUCGUGAGCUUCAACUGUCGUCAUUGUUACCACAGAUCAUGCCUCGAGAACCUGGGCAACCGUGGUGGCUACCACUGUGUUAUAUGCGCAGAUAAGAGAGAAGCUUCACAGUCAACAAGGGCCUGAAGCACCACAAAGCCAAUGGCAACGCCAAUGGCAACGCUGCCUGUGUUGCUAUCGAAGGGUUUUGUGUCAUUAUGCCAACAGCAUUUGUUGA